AUGGAAACCACGCAAGAUGCUGUCGUUAAUGCUGCUGAUGAUGCAUCACUCACACAGUUGAACAUUUUCGCUUAUCUUCAACGCGUAACGUCGUUCAGAAGUGUUGGAAUCAGAAACAUUUUAAUUCCUUCAUUUGCUCUUUUUGCCCUCGAAAAUCAAGAAGAAAGAAGCCAAAAAAACCAAAAACAAAAAAAAUUAUCGUCGACGGGCAGCACAGCACCAGCCAAAUGA